AUGUCGUGUCUCAAAAGAUAUGUGUCCUCGACAGCCAAUGACACCAUUGGUAUUCCAGCGCCUUUCCCUCUGUCAUGGUUGGCGUCAGUCAGUAUUCGACAUGGGAGUGGGUUUCACCGCGGAGCUUUGAUCGGCCCUCCACUUGCCUCAGUUCCACCCAGAUCACUCUUAGUUCCCUAUUUUUUAGCAACCCGCCUGCCACCGAGGACUGGUCAAAUGGAUGUCACUCCAUUGAAAGAUGCAUGCCACGAGGUGGACAUCCACUGGUGCAUCUUUAGCCCUGCCCCUUGCCGCGCCAGCUGCAACAAGCGUCUGUCACUAACAUGGGUGCCCUCCACUUUCGCCCAGACCUUGCUCAAGCUUUGCUCUGUAAAGCCCCCACCAAGACUGGGUUCAGUCCAUGGCCCCUUGCCCAGACCAUCGUCUGAUGAGUUUCCAUUUACGGCAGCAAUUGGAAAUGCCGACCUUUUGCUCUCUCAAGGCCUGGGGAUAUGA